AGAAGAAGAGAGUGACCUGAGGACGCAUGCGCACAGUCCCAACAACAGUCAGUUCAGGCGGGUUCAGUCCACAAGCUAACGUCCAAAGAAUAUCAAAAACGGUCAAAAGCCACCGACGUUUGACUCCUGGUACCUAAUUUACUCAAACAGCAUGACGCCUUGCGGGCUGCGAAGCUGGAGCGGCUCGUAUCCGGUAACCGUUGACGAGUAAACUUUGGACCGGCUAACGUUAGUUAGCUUCAGUUGGAGCUAAAGCAGUGUUCACUUGUUCCUCGACUGACGAAGAGGACAAAGAUGUCUCCGGUGUCUGAGGUGGAGGAAGGAGGCAGGCAGGAGCUGGCUCUGACCUGGGAAGACUGUCUGUGUCCGGUCUGUCUGGACAUCUUCAUAGAGCCCGUCACCCUGCCCUGCACACACUCCUUCUGCAAGGGCUGCUUCCUGGAGUCGGUGGACAAGGCGACGCUGUGCUGCCCCAUGUGCAGGAAGCGGGUCUCCAACUGGGCCCGCCGCAACAACAAGAAGAACACGCUGGUGAACCUGGAGCUGUGGAACCGGAUUCAGACCCUCUUCCCUCUGCAGUGUCAGCGCCGCCUGAACGGCCAGGACGCUGAGGAGGAGGACCGCAUAGUUCCCAGAACGCAUCCCAGGGUCUGCCCUCCUGGAGAGCUGCGGCAGGAGUACGAGGAUCAGGUGACCAAGCUGAUGGAGGAGCGGAGGGCUCAGGACGAGGAGGAGAGCAAAGCAAGCGAGGAGCUGAUCCAGAAGCUGCUGGCUGAGGAGCAGCAGCAGCUGCAGGAGGAGAUGAGGAGGAAGGAGGAAGACGAGCGUCUGGCCAAGCUGCUGAGCAACCAGCUGAACUCCCAGGAGAACCUUCGUGUUCCCGACGUCGCUCCGGUCAAGAAGAAGAAGGAGGUCGUUAUGGGACACAUGGACAGGUUCCUGUGUCCCUGCCCUCCGCCAGGCUCCGCCCCCGGCUUCAUAACCAAUAAGGAGAACAUCCUCCUGAUGGAGGCGGAGCUUCACGCGGAGCAGCCCCGCCCACCGGUAUCAUCGAAGAGGAAGAGCUCGGAGCUAGACCCGAUGGAGGAGGAGGAGAUGACCUCCAAGCGAGUCCAGGUGUGCUCCCCACCUGGAGAGGAGCGGCCGCUGCCGGACUGGGAGGCGGAGCUUCAGGUGAGGCAGCAGCAGGAGGAGGACGACCUCCACCUGGCUCUGCUGCUCCAGAGGGAUCUGGACCGGGAGGAGCGACGGAGAGUCACGGACCGGAGCAAAGGCUCCUCUGACCCCUACCUGCUGCGCGCCCAGAGAGGUGGCAUGGAGGAGGCGGGGCCGUCACGCAUGUCUGCAGGAGGAAGAAUACGCCGGAUGCGCAGCAGCUCCGUCAGCAGCUCCGUCAGCAGCUCCGUCAGCUUCCCGUUCCUGCGCUCGGCCUCCUCUACCUCGGUGGUGAGCAAAGGAAGCAAGCAGGUCACUCUGACCGAGAUGUUCCCUCUUCCUCGCUCCUGCUCCUCUGCCUCCGCUGCCACAAGUAACGCAAAAUAAAAUCAUUUUAUUUUGUAACCUGCA